AUGCGGGUAAUAACAAAGUUGUUUUGUGCGUGUUUGGUGUUCUUUGUGGGAACCGCGACGCUUUGUCUACUGUACCGCUUAUGUCCUGCAAGCUUAAUAUGGGUGCCAGGAAUUUUUAGUAUGUUACUGCCGUUUGUGUUGGUUUUUGUGUGUGAGUGGGCAUGCAAACGAAAUGCUGAAUCGGCAGGCCCAACGCAGCGAUCUCCUCCAAUCGUUGAAUCUGCAGGCCCACCGCAGCAAUCGCCUCUAUCGUCUUCUUCCAACGUCGAUAAGGUCGAUAAAAUUGUAGUGGAAAUGGGCAUUUUCAAUUACAGAUGUGAUGAAGAAGAACAGAAGGAAUGCGUUAUCUGCCUGUGUGAAUACGAAGAGGAUGAUGCGGUGGUGGCACUAAAACCGUGUCAUCACAAUUUUCAUGAGGAGUGCAUUCAAAGGUGGGUGCAGUGCAAGCUCCGAUGUCCCGUCUGUAAUGCAUGCCCGCUUCAGAAAUUUGGACGCCAUGCUCAAAAUGAUGUUGCGCUUCAAAUUCCUCUUACGCCCGCUGUGGGUGAUUGA